AUGACACCGCCCCGUGCGGCGCCAGCAGGCAGCGCCAGCGCCCCGCCGGUCGCCGGGCCGCCCUCCGCGGCCGCCCCGCCGGCGCCGCGCGCCUCGCCCGCCCCGACGGCCUCCGACGGCGGCGGUGCGGCGCUGCUACGCGCGCGAGAGCUGCUGCAGCGGCACUUGGACCCGGCGGAACCCGCUGCGGACGCGCUGGGGCCCGCACCGCUGCCCGCCGGCGCGCCGGUUGAUUUCGCCCGGUGGCUCACGCGCCGUCUCGGCGCGUGCGCGACGUGGCAGGAGCUGCAGCGCGUGUGGCACGACUACUACCCGCACACCAACGCCGUGCACGUGACCGCCGCCGCGUCGCGGCUCGCGCGGAUCGCGGCCGCCGACCAGCGGCGCCGGCGGGAGGCGCGCGGAUGGGGCGGCUUGGCUUCAGUAGAGGAGGACGAUGGCGGCGAUCUGGAAUCAGAUCACUUGGAGGGGAGCGAUGCGCUUUGCUUGGUAUCAAGUAGCAGCAGCAGCGCCGCGUGCGACAGGCCGGAGCUUGCCAAGUUUGCGACGAGCCUGGUUUGCUGCGCUGCGGACAGGCUGGCUGAGCUGGACGCCCGCGGCGUAGCCAACAUGCUGCACGCGCACGCGUCGCUGCAGCGCGCCGCCCCGCACAGCAGCCGCGCCGCGGCCGGCGCGCUCGCCGCGCUCGCCGUCGCCGCCGCGGCGCACGCGCGCGGCAUGCGGCCGCAGGAGGCGUCCAACACGCUGUGGGCGGCGGCGGCGAUGGGGCUCGGGGGCCGCCUGCCGGCGCGGUGGUUUGAGGAGUUUGAGGUGGCGACGCUGCCCGCGGCGGCGCGCAUGGCGCCGCGCGAGGCGGCGGGCGCCAUGUGGGGCAUGGCGCGGCUGCGGCGCGUCCCCAGCGACGCCUGGGUAGACGCUGUGCUCAGCAGCCCCCCGCUGCGCACGGCGGGGGCGCGAGAGGUGUGCAUGCUGCUCUGGGCGUUGUCUGCAAUCGCUGUCAUAGAGCGGGACGGGCGCGGCAGCAGCAGCAGCGGCCGGGUGUCGUGUGGGGCGCCGCUUGCGUCGCGGCUGGACGCCUCAGGCCUGGCGCGCUGCACCCACCGGCUUUCGGAGGUGCUGCCAAAAGCCGGCGUUGCUGACGUCACCCAGGCGUGGCUGUCCCUCGCGCGCCUCAACCUGCGCCCGCCCCCGCCACUCCGCGCGGCGCUGCUCGCGCGCUCCGCCGAGCUGCUGCCAGCCGCGGGCCCGCGGGCGUUCGGGUGCGCGCUGCACUCGAUGGCGCGGCUCGGCCUCGACCCCGGGCCGCACUGGUGGGCGGCGGCGGCGCCGGCUCUGGCUGCGGCGCUGCACGCAGCAGACCCCCAGGCGCUUGCCAUGAUAACUUGGGCCCUCGGCCGCCUGCAGCCGCGGAUGGGCCGCGCGGCCGCGGCGGCCGUGCUCGGCGCCGCCGUCGAGAGCAGCGGCGCGGUUCUGCGGUGGCAGCUGGACGCCGGUGGCAACGCCGGCGGCGGCGGCGGCGCCGGCAGGGCGGGGUUUUCUGCACAGGAGUUGGCGGCGCUCGCGUGGGGCCUGGGACGGGCCGGCGCCGCCGUGCCGCGCGCGUGGCGCGACGCGCUGCGGGACGCGUGCGUCGGGCUGGCAGGCAGCUUCUCUGCAGGCGAGCUGGGGAUGGUCCUGGUCGGGCUCGGCGGCAUGCAGCCGUCAAAGGGCGAUGGCCAGGCGGGCCCGGCCGAAGCGCAGCCUACACCAGAGGGCGACGGCGGCGGCGCCGCCGCCGCCGCCGCCGCCGCCUCGUGGGGCGCGGUCCUGGACGGGGCGCGCGGCGCGCUGGCAGGGGCGUCGGCUAGGGAGCUGGCGGCGGUUAUGGUCGGCUGCGCACGCCUGGGGCUGGCCCCGGGCCGCGCGUGGCUGGCAGAUUUGGAGGUGGCUGUUGUCAUCCAGAUUACGGGCCGGCCGCCCGUGGUAGUGGGUGACGGGCAGCGCCGGCGCCGGCGCGGGCAAGAGCAGGAGGGGGCUGGUGCGGGCGCGGAGGAUGUGGCUGGUCAACAGGAGGACGGGCCGACCGUGCAGCAGCAGCAGGAGCAACAGCAUGACGAGCAGCAGCAGCAGCAGCAGCAGCAGCAGCAGCAGCAGCAGCAGCAGCAGGAAGAGCAGAGGCGGCAGAAGCAUGGGGUGUGGAGCGGUGGCCAAGCUAGCGGCGCACUGGCGCCUGGGGACGCGGCGCUGCUGCUUUGGUCCCUCUCAAAGCUGGGCCUGAGGCCCGGCCCCCGCCUGGCGCGCGCGCUGCUGCCGGCAGCCGCCGGGUCGGCCGGGGCCAUGCGCGGCGCCGACGCGGCGACGGCGCUGCGGGCGCUGGCGCGCUUGUACAGCGGCGUGCCCGGGGCGCGCCGGGGCGCCGCGGCCGCAAGCCAGGACAGCGGCGCCGGCGGCGGCGGCGAUGCGCACGGCCGCCGGCCGGGGCCUCGGCGUAGCGGGGCCGGGCGGCUGCCGGAGGGCGUAGUCGAGUUGGUUGAUGCAGUCCUGGACGGCCAGCGCAGGCGGCUGGCGUCGCUGGCGCGCCGCGGCGCCGCAACGCGCCGCGGAGAAGACGCCGCUCUCUCCGAGGCCCGUGACACGGCGCUGACACUGCACGCCCUCGCGCGACUGGGCCACCGCCCGGGCGCGGCCUGGCUGGACGCCGCGUGGCUCGGAGCGCUCGCGCCCGCGCUGCCGGCGCUGGCAGCGCGUGCGCCGGACGCGCUGCCUUCGGUGCUGCGCUCGUUCGCCGAGCUCGGCGCCGCGCCGAGCGGCGCUACCGGGUGGCUCGAGGCGCUCGCAGCGGCGACGGCCCCAUACAUGAUUUCGGCCGCUGACGCGGGCUCAGAAGUGGGAGAGGCAGGCGCGUGGCCGCCGCGCCGCGUGGCGGCCAUGGUGCACCACCUGUCGCGCAUAGACGGCGGCUGGGUCGGCAGCAGCUGGCUGGAAGCUGCGUGCGCCGCGCUGGGGCCGGGCGCGCUGCGCGUGCUGAGCGUGACAGAACUCGCGUCGGUGCUGACCGGGCUCUGCCGGCUGGGCCAUACGCCGGGGCCGGCCUGGGUCGCGGCGGCGCAGCGGGAGCUGACGCGGCGGCAGGAGGAGGGCGAGUGCGGCGGCGACGAGGCCUGUGAGGUGUGGCAGCAUCAGGCUCUGCAGGUCGCGGCCGCCAUGUACGGCUUUGGCCAGGGGUGA